AAUGUUUCGAAUUAUUCAAUAGUAUGAAUAGCAGGCAAGCCAUCUUUGGUCCAAAAAUCUUGAGAUGUUGAAACAAAUCAAGAUCCCAAUCCUCCAGGAAAAUGAAGAUUUGAAGCUUACUGUUGAAACCCUAAAAUAAAAUGAUAUUCAAAAUAGCGUCUAUGGACAAUUAAAAGAGUAUGAAUAAAUUGAUAAGCCAAAACCUAAAUUAAUUAAUCUGUAACACAUUAAUAGAGAUUCAAAUUUUCAAGAAGAAUUUAUGUCUAAAGUAAAUGAAUUUAGUUUAUCAUGGCGCCAAGAAGUGCAAUAGCUAAAGUAAUUAUGA